CAGCCGCAGCCCAGAGCCCGAGAUGGAGCCCCAGCUGGGGCCCGAGGUAGCUGCCCUCCGCCCAGGCUGGCCGGCCCUGCUGCUGCUGUUGGUCUCAGCCCUGAGCUGUUCUUUCUCUUCGCUGGCUUCACCGCCUCCUUCUCUGGUGCCCCAAGUCCGAACCAGCUACAAUUUUGGAAGGACUUUCCUCGGUCUUGAUAAAUGCAAUGCCUGCAUCGGGACAUCUAUUUGCAAGAAAUUCUUUAAAGAAGAAAUAAGGUUUGACAACUGGCUGGCUUCCCACCUCGAGCCUCCUCCUGAGUACCUGCCUUCUUAUCCUGCAAAUUAUUCAGAUGAUUCCAAAUCCUGGCGCCCUGUGGAGAUCUUUAGGCUGGUCAGCAAAUACCAAGAUGAGAUCUCGGACAGGAGAAUCUGUGCUUCUGCAUCAGCCCCGAAGACCUGCAGCAUCGAGCGUGUCCUGCGGAAAACAGGGAGGUUCCAGAAAUGGCUGCAGGCCAAGCGCCUCACACCAGGCCUGGUGCAGGGCCUGCCCAGCCCCCUCCUGCGCUGCCCAUCGCAGCGACUGCUGGACCGCGUGGUCCGACGUUAUGCUGAGGUGGCCGACGCCGGCAGCAUCUUCAUGGACCACUUCACCGACCGCGACAAGCUGCGCCUGCUCUACACGCUGGCUGUCAACACGCACCCCAUCCUCCUGCAGAUCUUCCCUGGGGCCGAGGGAUGGCCACUGCCCAAGUACCUGGGCUCCUGUGGCAGGGUCCUCGUCAGCACCAGCACCAGACCGCUGCAGGAGUUCUACGGCGCAGCCGCAGACCAGGCAGCCGACCUCGCCUACCAGCUCCUUGGCGUCCUGGAGUCUCUGAGGAGCAACGAUUUGAACUAUUUCUUUUACUUCACCCACGUCGACGCAGGCAUGUUUGGCAUCUUUAACAACGGGCAUCUGUUCAUCCGGGAUGCCAGCGCACUGGGAGUCAUCGACAAGCAGGAAGGCAGCCAGGCAGCCUCCAGGGCAGGAGAGAAUAAAGACAUCUUUAGCUGCCUUGUGUCUGGCUGCCAGGCCCAGCUGCCCUCCUGCGACUCCAUCCCUGAGAAGCAGAGCCUGGUGCUGGUGUGUCGGCAGUUGCUGCCUCGACUUCUCCAGGGGAGGUUCCCCUCCCCGGUGCAAGAGGAGAUAAACUCUGCUCUCGCUCAGUGUGGGGAUGACGUCCGCCCAGACCCCGAGGUCCUCAGGGCCGCCAGCAGGCUGAAGGACAUCUUGAGGCCCCUGCGAACCUGUGAUCCCAGAUUUGCCUACCGCUACCCGGACUGCAAAUAUAAUGAUAAGUUCUGA